AUGAAACUGAUGAGAUGGCUGGAAACCAGGAACUAUUAUCGUUUGGUAGCAAAAGCUCGCUUGAGACGGGAAGCAGCAUUCCAGAAAAUGGAAAAGGCUAUGAUUCAGGUUAAACAAAUGGAAACCAGUAAAACAAAAAUCAAUUCUGCCCUCUUUUUCUCACUUCCUGAUCUCUGUAAAUCGAUAAACAAAGGGGAUGUAUCACCAAGUUACGUGCUGCAUACUUACCUGGAGAAGGCUUUGGAGGCCACAAGAAAGUUCAACUGCAUCACAGACUUUCUUCCUGAAUGUCAAACACAACUUGCAGAUUUGCAUAAUGUAAAGAAAGGACUACUGUAUGGCAUUCCCAUCAGCAUCAAAGAAAACAUUAACUACAAGGGUCAUGAUUCAACUCAUGGACUUAGGAAAUACAUAAACAGACCUGCAAGUGAAGACAGUGUAAUAGUUCAAGUGCUAAAGAAACAAGGAGCGAUUCCAUUUGUGAAAACCAAUGUUCCUCAGACAUUACUCAGCUUCGAGUGCAGUAAUCCCAUUUACGGACAAACCAUCAAUCCACUUAAUGCCAUGCGAUCACCUGGUGGGUCAUCGGGUGGGGAAGCUGCUUUGAUUGCAGCGGGUGGCUCCAUCCUUGGUAUUGGAACUGACGUUGGUGGCAGCAUACGCUUUCCUGCUGCGUGCUGUGGAAUCUGUGGCUUCAAACCAACUUCAAACCGAUUGAGCAAGAUCGGGUUGUCAGGAAGUUUGUCUGGACAGAAAACACUUGAGUCAAUGGUUGGUCCAUUAGCCAAAGAUGUGGAUAGCUUGGCAUUGUGCAUGAGAGCUCUGUUAUGUGAAGACAUGUUCCAUUUGGAUCCAUCUGUGCCACCUAUUCCCUUCAAUGAACAGAUGUACACCAGUACGAAACAAUUGAGGAUAGGUUAUUUUGAAAAUGAUGGGUAUUGGAUCCCGACCCCAAGCAUGAAACGAGCCAUCAUGGAAACUAAGCGACUACUGGAAGAAGCUGGACACACGUUGGUGUCAUUCACACCACCCAAAGUGUACUAUGCUAUGAAUGAACUCAUUUUCCCGGGACUUCUUGCAGACAAGUGUGUUACGCUUUUGGAAAGCCUUAGAGGAGACAUCAUUGAUCCUAAUUUGAAGUUUCAGAUGUCCAUAUGCUGUAUGCCUGAAGCAAUGAAAAAGUUCUUGUAUUACCUUCUAAAGCCUUUUACUCCCAGAAUUGCUGCUAGUUUCAAAGCAAUGACUGGAAUAGGGUCGGUUAAGGAACUGUGGAAGCUCCACCUUGCUGUGAUGGACUACCGUGAUGAGUAUUUGAAUGCAUGGAGAAAGCAUAACAUUGAAGUCCUACUCUGUCCAUCGAUAGGUCCUGCUUUUAAAAUUGGCUGUGCUGGAAAACUGUCAGCUGCAUCUAGCUACACAAUUAUUUUCAAUUUAUUAAAUUUUCCUGCGGGGGUUGUGCCAGUUACCAAGGUAACAGAAGAAGAUGAGGAAGAGCUGCAACUUUAUAAUGGCUAUACAAAUGAUUUCUGGGACAAAACUUUCAAAAAGGCUGUGACAGGAAGUGUUGGUCUUCCUUUAUCUGUGCAGUGCGUGGCAUUACCCUGGCAUGAUGAACUGUGUCUUUGUUUCAUGAGGGAGGUGGAAAGACUUGUCAAAAAGAGAAAAGGAACCUCGGUGCCACCAGAAAAGAGUCACCAAAGUGUUCAUGCGUGAUAUGCAAACCAAAGGACGAUUUUAAAAAAUUAGUCCUACAAUGCAAAUGAUCUCAAUUCACAAUUACAUUUAUAAUUACACAGCAGUUCUGCUUUUACGACUAUUUCAUAAAUGAUGGUGAGGUAAUUAUCACCCAUCAGUGAUCCCUUGAUAAUAAUGAAGCACUCAACAUUUAAACAAAUGAUUCUCAAAAACUGAAUAGAAACAAACAGAAUAAAAAAUAGAUUUUCAAGUUGA